AAUGUGAAUGGUACAAUACCAUGGCCAUGGCCUUCAUAAACUUGGCCACCAUCAUAAUUGAUAAUCCUUCAAGUUUCUAUCUAGUACUAAUAUGGGGUGCACUCAAACUUCAUCUUUUUGGCCACAAUAUCAAAUUACAAGUGCUUUCCUUAUCAUUUUAUUGGUUUUAAGCUCCACCUAUGCAAGAUUUAUGCCUCAAGGCAGACUGAAUUGGAAGCUACUUGACAAUGAUACUCAGGUAGCUAAAUAUGGAGAUGAGUAUAAUGGCAACUUGAAAAUGAAAAAUGAAAUGAUUGGAUCAAGACCACCAAGAUGUGAGUGGAAGAAGUACUGUGGAUGGUGUGGUAAAUGUGAAGCAAUUCAAGUCCCAAUAAUUGGCCCAAGACCAAGGAAGACCACAAGAAGAGAUGACAUCUCUAAUUACAAGCCAAUGGGUUGGAAAUGUAAAUGUGGUGACUUCACAUUCAACCCUUGACUUUAUUUGUUCUACCCAUCAUGUCUACAAAUAUUUUGGUUUAUUAGUUCUAAUAAAUAUAAAAAAUUCCAUUGGAACCUUUUUCAUAA